AUGGUCUCAUUGCCAUCCAUUGUACUCAUGGAGUGAACCGCACAGGGUACCUAAUUUGUCGGUAUCUGAUUGAUGUCUUGAAAAUGAACCCCGCGGAUGCGCUCAGAGAAUUUGAAUUCGCGCGUGGUCAUCCACUGGAACGUCAGAACUACAUUGACCACUUACUGUCGCUACGUCCAACACGGUCAGCAGAGUUCGACUAA